GUUUCACCUCAUGAGAUCACAUUCGUUUUAUUAAACCAUGCAGAAUACCUUGAGAUUAUACUGUCUCAAAACAAGCUCUCUGAAAAAGACACUUCACUAUAACUUAUUAAUUCUGAUAGCCGUAUUUGUUUUGUUUUGAUCGCUUAUAAUGAUCAAAACGUUUAAUUUAAAUGCUGGAGGACUGGAGUCACUACUGCAGCAGAAGUCAGGUGAUAAAGCCAAUUUACCCAACACCAGCAGAUACGCAUGGCCUACGAACACGGAGAGCGGAAGAGCGUCCACGAACCAUAGCUAUCCAAGCCGUUCGAGUCGAUCCACCACGAACUCCUUCUUCACCAGAAACAGUCCUCACCCAGCAAGGGUAAAGCAUAUCAAGGGGUUGCUUGAUGUGCCGAUAUGCACCGUUUUAGAUGCCAACAUUGGGGAUAGCCGACCGAACACAAGGUUUUCUGUAGCAACACCUAGCACAGAUGAUAAAAGAAAACAGGUGGAAGAAAGCUUCAAACUGCAAAAUCGUUUAAAAGAGAAAGCUGUCCCGAAUAUCGGAUUUGUCCCAAUUGCACCAGGCUGGAAAGAAGAGCUUCAGCGUCUGACACAAGCUCUUAACAUUGGACAGAAUUCAAAUGCAGCCCAGCCGAGCAAUGCACCCCCUGGAAUGCCUUCUCGUCAAGGCUCAAGGCAACAGUCGAGGCUAGGAACAAGAGCAGGAACGAGGCAAGGCUCAAGGCAGGCUUCUCGCGAUGCACUACGAAAGAUUGAGAACGAUUUUGUUCGAAACUCUCUGUCGCGUGGAGGCCAGAGACUUUCGGGGGAAAAUAUUGUUGGAGAUGCGGAAAGACCUAAAACGUCUCCAUCCAUGUUAAAAGAUACGAGUGGCUUUAACCCAGAGGCGGAUGAGGCUAAAGAAGAUAUAGUUUUUGGGUUAUUGACGCAAAUCCUCCAAACAGAUUCUGUUCCUGCCAUUCAGAAUUGGCUUAUGAAUGCGCCAGAAAGAGAGAAACAGAUCGUAAUGGAAAUGAUAAAAGCGGUGAGUACUUCAGAAGAGGAAAUGAGAGUAGGGCUACAGCAGAUCCGCAACCCAGCAUUUAAUGUUGAAACGAAGGAGCAGCAGCAACAGGAGCGAGACAACCAGAGGCCUCCAUUUGAUGAUCAGCUGUUGCAACAUGAAUCAAGUGUAGAUUAUGACGAAAUUAAAAAGUACAAUGAAGAAUGGAUGAAAGAGGAAGAAAAAAUCAGAAAAUCAAAACCGAAAUCAAUUUUGGAAGCAUUAAACACCAAAGAUACAAAAGGGCAAAGCUAUGCAGAUUACGAAUGGUCCGCCAAUGCGGCAUCAAAUAAGCCUAGUACUCCAUUUAAGAUAUUCGAAAAAGAAAAACCAAAGCCUGGUACAGAGGAAGCAGAAAUCGAGGAAAUCCGCUCUACUCUGGCCUCGAGAUCUAGUGCAAAGGUCCUAGGCCCGCAGAAAAUGGCCUCACGACAUCGAAUAGACCGAUGACGCAACAAGGAGAAAGACGAAAAGGUGGUAGCGCUGGAAAACAAGCUCAAAAAGAGGCUGUAAAAACAGUCAUGCCAUUCAGUGAAACCUGAUGCAAAAUCGUAUUCAAUUUACUAUCUAAUUUUUACUUAUAAUUACCCUUGUUGUCAUUCAAUCUGCAGUACUGAUGAAUUUGGACAUCACUAAUUUUGAAGUGUGGUACUUUUGGUAGUCCUAAACAGCGAGUUAUUGACAAAGAAAAUCACAGAAGUGUAAGCUUCUUCAAAAAUUAGGUAGCGAGUCAAGCUAGUCUUUCAAUAUUUACCGUGUGGUAUUUUCGUUUGUAGAUGAAUUUUUUGUGGAAUAAUAUUUUGCAGGUACAUGCGCUAAAACCAUAGUAUUAUUAUAAGGUAUUCAACUUCGUUAAUUAUUUUCAACUUCCCCAUCCUCCAGGGGUUUUUGCCCCCCCCCCCGGGACUGCCAAGUGAAAAUUAAUUAGAGGACGCCACCUUAAGUCUUGUGAUUGAUAAUAGUCCAACAUUCUGAGGACCUUUUUACCCUUACCUGCUAGCGGUUUUUGAUUGGUAACCUGGAACAAAUAUUAAGGAUCAUUAAACUGACUAAGCAAUGCCAAGGGUGCAGCUCAUUGUAACAACGCAAAGCAAACCAGAUCUUAUUCCGUUUUUAGUUGCAAAGAAUUAGAUUGGAACUUGUUCAUGUAAUUUUAGUUUUGAUAGAUUUUAACUGUGAAUAAAUGCGAAUAGCCUACCGGUGUGCUCUAAAAGUCUAUUGCAUCAUUUUGACCCUGAAA